AGCAAAAAUAUAAAGUUUUAACAGCAGAAAAGAAGAAGUAACUGACGUGUUAAUCAUGACGUGUAAAUAAAGUAAUCUACCCUACACUUCCAUCAAAAGUAUAUUCGGUUUCCAAAUAGUGUUUAAAAUUAAAAGUAUGGUUUUAAUGACCAUGAUUGCUAGGGUAGCAGAUGGACUACCACUGGCUGCAACUAUGCAAGAAGAUGAACAGUCAGGAAGAAGUAUUCUAGAUUAUCAGAACCAAGCUAAAAUGCUAUUUCGAAAAUUAGGACCUCAAUCCCCUACUAGAUGUACAAUAGAGACUGGACCAUAUUUUUUUCAUUAUUUGAUAGAGUUUGAAGUUUGUUACCUAGUCUUAUGUGAAAAAACAUAUUCAAAACGACUUGCUUAUUCCUAUUUAGAAGAUAUAGCGCAACAAUUCCAUUCAGAAUAUGGUAAACGAGUGAACACAGUAACUAGGCCAUAUACUUUCAUAGAAUUUGAUACCUACAUUCAAAAAGCAAAAAAACAAUUUGCAGAUUCUAGAUCAAGACGAAAUUUAAAUACAAUUAAUAAUCAAUUACAAGAUGUUCAAAGAAUUAUGGUGCAAAAUAUUGAUGAUGUUUUGCAACGAGGGACUGUCUUAUCAGAAUUGGAUACCAAAACUCAAAAUUUAUCAAUGCUGACAGAGAAAUAUAAAAAGGAUGCCACUUUUUUAAAUACGAAAUCCAUGUAUGUGAAGGCGGCAGUUGGAGGAAUUGUUCUACUUCUAUUUAUUUUGUAUUUUUGGGUUCUUUAAAAAAGUAAAAAUUCCAAUUUCAUUUCCUAAAGCAGUGAGAGAAUGACAGUGUAGUGCUUGAACAAUCAAACAUAUUUUCAUUAUGUACACUAAUUACUUAUACAGUUUGUAAUGAGCUCUUGGUAAUUUCUUCUUCAUUCAUUAAACUACAAGUUUUUCUCAUAUUUCUGACAUGACUGGUAUCACCUUUUUACAUGUGUAAAAAUAUUUUGAUAUUAUCACAAUCAAGCUUUUACUUCUAUACUGAGUAACUAAGGGGAUCUUCUCUUGAUGCACUUUCUAAUUCAGUCAGUUUUUAAUCAUGUUUUCAAAUUUCUUCAUUUUGUUUUCAUGUUUUUUCUCUUUUCCUUUUGUCUUUGAUAAAUUUCUUUCCUCCAUAUUCUUUGACUUUCGAAGAUGAUCUCUUGUUCUGUACUCUUUUCUUCUCCAUGUCUCUGAUUAAGAUAAGCGUUGUUAUACUUCAAAUUCCGCUAACUAAUCUUUUUUAGGGGUUUAUGUGAACAACAGCUUUGUUAAAUUGUUCUAUCUCACUAGUCUAUCGGAAUCAGUAUGAACAAUAGCAGUCAUCUUGGUAUAUACUGCAAUAUCCACUCUAUAAAUAAACCCCAUAUCAAGUAGCUCUCCAUAAUGUUUUCUUUUAGCAUUUCCUUCCAAACCAUGCUUAUAGAUCUGCAUCCUUGGAAGGUGAGGUUUAAGUAGGUAUAAAAACCUUGCAGUGGGAGGUCAGUAAAAUGGAACAAACUUUGAUGGAUAAUUUGUUGUUAAUCCUACCAUCUCAGAAUCUAAUUUCUCUAGCUUUGUAGGUUUCAAAAGUGCCUUUGAGCUUAUUUUGAUUUGUUGCUAAUGUAUUUCACUAUUCUCAGAAGAGUUACUAACAAAACGAAAACACCUAGUCAGUAAUGCUUUUUGAGACAAACAUUUUGGAAACUGAAUUUGUAAAAUUUUUGUUAUCUUAAUGUGAAGUAUAGUCGUCGUAUUUAUGCAAUUAUACUCAUCAAAACUUUCCAUUAGUUGUAUACAGUUAAAUUUAGUAUGAUUCGUAACAUACACAAAAAAAAAUCAUAGAAUUUUCUAUAUUCCUCAACUAUUUUGACGAACAGACAAUACCAAAAAGUCGUUAAGACAUAAAUCAUCUGUGACGUGCAAAGGUAUUUGUGUUAAAUAUACUAGAUUACAUCUUUGACGGGCAUUUUAACCAAAAGUGAAAGAGUAGAAACAGAAAAUACGAAAAUUGAAAACAUUUUACUUUGUUAUAAAAGUCAUACUCUCUCUGUGUAAAGAAAACUACAAGACAUAAACAAUAUACUGCAUUCUUAAAAGUAGGAAGUUUCCAUAAAAAAUAUAUACAGGGUGAGUCACAUUGUUUAUACUAUCUGUUAUGGCGAAUUUGGGAAAAUUUUGCACUUAUUGGAGAUCGAAAAAAAAAGCACCUGUGACCCAGUUCUUCUCGCUUCAUCAAUAUAUUGAAUUAUUUUGCCCCCUAAUUUAUGAAUACACAAUUGGGUUAAAAUAAUCACUUUCUUGGUAGGAUCACAAUAUUUAAGCUCAUUUUUUUUUUGAAAGCAAAAACUGCAUACAUUUGAAGCGAAUCCUAUGUUGAAGUUUUUUGAAAAUGUAUCGAACCUCAAAGCUUUCUCAGCUGCGAAAGAGUCUCCUGGAUUUUUGUCUAUUAUAGUGGCUUUCAGUAGCUUUAUUUACCUAUAAAAUCAAUCACUUUAUUCCGUUUUUCUGCAUUUUUAGCCGAACAAUAAUCUACACCUCUAUUUUCUUUAAUAUUCUUUCCUAAUAUUAUAGUACGUGUAAUUGUAUACAGUUGUUUCAAAGAAAUCAUUUUUGGCACACUCUGUAGGUAGAUCCAUUUAUUGUGUACAUCCUGUAUUCUGCUCCUAAUUGAUGCUGAUCUCUACACUCUGAUUUAUACAAUUUGCAUCAUCUUAGAGGAGCCCUUGCUCUACAAAAAUCAGAAAUUUUGCGAUAUUGAACGAGUUAGUCUGGUGUUUGAGGAACCCUUUUUCAUACAUUUUCUAAAUUGGAAAAAUGAUUCAGGUAUCUAAAAUAACACGGUGACUAACUUGUUAACCUUGCUUAAAAGCAUUAAUUAAUGAUAAAGAUCCAUUUGAAUGAUAUGCAGUAGUGAAUUAAAUUAAAAUGCAACUUCGAUAUGUAUCGCCAUUUAGAAGCGAAAAAUGUUAAUUUUGGAUCAUAUUCCUUUUGAAUUUUUGCGUUGGAAUAUCUACAUAAGAUAUGCAAAAAAAUUGUUCAUGUCUUGUAAUUAUUUAAAUAUAGUUUAAGCAUUUGGAGAUCAGUAUUUGAGGGGUUUAUAUUGAAAAAAAGGUAUUGUGUGAAAUGACAAUAUAUAUAUAUCAUUUACAAGUUAAAGGUUUGGUUGUUAGAAUCUAUGUAGUUCAAUAUUUUAAUUAACAGUUUAUGAAUUAUCAAAGUGUAAACUUUUACCAAAUUUAUGUCUUAGGGAGAAAUUCACACACCUUCACACAUACGAGGUGUGAUAAAAAAUACAGCGAGUUAUUUUAUUAAAAACAAAGUAAUAUAAAAUUUGAAUGAAUCUCAUUAACAGUGUUGCCCUUUGCUAGUAAAGCACUUAUUACAAAGAUAAAUUCAUUAUUAGAAUUAUUUCUGGAAGGACUAUUUCAAAAUGACUUGUCACAUUGUGCUAAAUUUAAUGAGUAAGGCGAAUGUUAACAGAUAGAAAGACCUUUAGCAAUCAAAACCUUCUUAAGGUUGUCACGAUGAAGAUGUUAUUUUGUUACUCAUUGUGGCUUUCUUUUGUAUAUUGAAAUUUUAUUUUAUUUGUUUUUUAGUUUUUACAAGCUUUUGUCUACAAAUUGUAACAAUUUUUUGACAAUAAAACAUUUCUCUCUUUUAUACGCGGUGCGAUUCAAAAUUUCUGUGAAUUAUUUCAUUGAAAAUUGAAUUAGUUUCCUGCCUUUGGCUAGCAAUAUCCUCAAUGUAGAAAACCAUGACUGAAAGGUUUUCAUCCACUUCUCACUGUUCUUUGUGUCAAGAAAAAAAAUUUAGGUCAUCUAAUACUGAUCAAUACGGAUUUGAUUGGUUUGAAGGAGAUUAACUGCUACCAACAGUAUCUGAUUUGAAGAUUAAUGGUAUGAAUAAAAUAAAACUAAUUCAUAACAUACCAGAUCUUUUUUUCUGGCACUUUCUAAUAUUUUCGCAUAGCUUACCUCGGUCAUUGGAGGGUUGACAGAAAGAAUUUUUUCAUUGUGAAGCAGGUGCUCGAGAUUACGUGACUUGAUAUUGCAACUAAAAAUUGCUGACUUAUCUACUAAUUGAAAUUGAUGUAACGUAAGUAAUUGAUAUUUUAAAAUUUCUUUGAUCGUAUUUUUUAUCAUACCUCGUAUCUACAAUUGAAAUUUCCAACAGAAAUAAUAAUUCCAUAAAUGAAAUCUAUUUAGUAGAUUUUAAAUGUAAAAGAAAAAUAUUUUUCUUUAAUUUUUAAGUUUGUUAGCAACUAUGACGCUAGAUUUAUGUAUAUAAAUGUUUUGUAUUUGCUGUAUAUUUUAAUUAUAUGUAGAGUUUGUUUACAUGCAUUUUACAGUGAUAAUAAUGGCUAGAAUAUCGUGAAAUUUAUUAUUGUUCUGGUGUAGAUUAAUAAAAUGGUGUAUUAUGGUAUAAUUUACAUCUUCGUUUAGAACUCUUAACUUAUAUUGCUGUUCAAAUUGUUUUUAUUGAGGUUAGAUGAUUUUAAUGGGUUUUUAUGGCCCAGAAGGUUUAAAAAAUAUAUUUAAUUUUAAUUUCGACUGAUCCAAUCUAGAUCGGUAGAAUAAUGUCGUGUCGUUCAACAUCACUAAAGACUUUAUUUACAAAUAUUUCAACAAGUAAGUUAAUCGUUGUAACAUUUUUCAUAAAACCAGGGAGUUAUAGUAGAAUAAAUUUUGCCGAAUAACUGCUACAAUA